AUGCGAUUCGAAUGGAUGCCGCCUACGUUGAUCUCAGAUCCCGCUUCUCCCGAACAUGCACCGCUCAGCAUCCUAGUCAUAUACAGCAUUCCUGCCCUUCUUCUGUUAGCUGUUGUUUUUAUCAUAAAAUGGAGACCUUGCUACGAGUUCAGCGGCAUGAAACAUUGUUUCAGAUGGUAUUUCUAUUGCUGUAGCAAGGAAACGCUUAAGGAAAUGCAAAGUGUUGAUCGCGAGCGUAUUCUCACAAUAGAUGCUGAGAGCCUUGCUUCAUCGUCGUUCUACGACUCGCCUCGAUUACCGUUAAAACGGAAUUCGAUUGAAUUGUGCUCAGCUGGUGAACGCCAGCCAUCUAUCGUCAGAUUACAUGAUUAG